AUGGAUGAAGAUAUCGACAUAGACAGUAUGAGCACUUCAGGUUCUUUUCUGGAUAUGAGAAUGUCUAUUAUAGACACUCGCAUAGAUUUGCCAGACGACCGAGAGAGAUACAAAAAAGACAAGUGCUGCAUUAUUUGCAAAAAGAAAUUCGGAAUGGGAAUCGGGAUUUUGCACGAGAAGAGGCAUGUGUGCAGAUUUUGCUACCGAGGAGUCUGCUCAGGCUGUUCUCCACAAAAAGUCAACCAUCCUGAGUUUCCAGAUCCACAGAGGAUGUGCAACAAUUGUUAUAAAAAAGCAAAGGAGAGUCAAAUAUCUGAUUCUUUUAACCAAGAAAUCAACCGAGCCAUACAAGAGAAAUUCAAGCAGCAGUCUAUAUUGAACAAAGAACUCGUUGAAAAGGCUUCCAAUUUAAAGGAAAAGCAAAUUCUCGAAGAAAAACUGGUCCAGACAGAAAGGGACUCAGAAAUAAGAGUUCAAGAGAAUUUGAAGAUAAUUGAGAGCAUUCAGGAAGAAAGAAACGAAAUUUUAGAAAAGUAUCAAAGUUUAGAGAAGGAAAUAGAGCAAGCAGAGCUGGAAAGCAGUAAAUUGGACAAAGUUUAUUUAGAAGUUCAAGAAGAGUUAAAUAAAGCUCGGCAGUAUUUGAAAGAGAAAGGAGGGUUAGGUGAGAUGAGAAAUUUGUUGGCAGAAAAACAAGACGAAAAUGUAAGGUUGCUGAGGAUCCUUGAUGAAAAAAGAGCUCCACCGUCUGAUGAAAACAGCCAACAGAGAAAGAAAAGAGAAAAAAUAGAAAAAUUAAAUGCAGAACUUGAUGUUGUUAAUAGGCAAUUAAAAAAUGUGCAAGAGGAUAACAGAAACUGCGAAAAAGAAAUUCAGGAUAUCAAUAGGGAAAUUGAGACUAUGGGCGAAAAAGCCAAAAGUCUUAGGGAAAUGGAGAAAACUAUCAACGAAGAAAAUGAUGAAGCAAAAUUGACCCAUAACGUAAGGCUAAGUGGCAGUAAAGAAGAGGAAGAAUUAAUAAAAGAAUUAAGAGCAAUUAUUCAGGAGCAGCAAGGAAAAAUAGAUCAACUAAAAAAGGAUCUGGAAAGAACUUGAAGGGCCAAACCCACUGAAAAAGAAUUGAUAGGCACUGAUGAUUAA